AUGGUUAAAAAAACGAAUGCCUCGCAGCGCAUAAUGGACGCCAAUGAGGUCGUUUCCAAGGUUGAAGCCUGGCAGCGGGCCCUUGGCUACACGUUUUCCGACUGGCACAACGGUGCUGCCAGCCUCAACAUUGGCGAGGUAAAAAUCUCGCAUUCCAGACAUGGCAAGGCCAUUUCGCACGCCAAAAAGUUCCAGAACGUCUAUGAAGACGGCAGAAAAUGCGUGGUCGACCAUCUUAUGGGCGAGCACGAUAUCAUCCCAGGCCCCGGCCAGUUGCUCUAUCAUGGUCUCGACCGCGCAGGCGCGCAGACCAUCAUGCCUUCGCCCAAAAUCUUCGCCACGGCCGCCAGGGGCCUGGGCAUCGACGGCGCCAUCUUGUUGGGCGGCAAGAACGCCAGAGACGACAAGGUCGUUGCGUCGGUCGUGGUGGCCAUGCUGGGCGUGGUGGCGCUGAAAGGCGGCAAACAGCAGCUUGCCGAGGCCCUGGGCAGGCUGGGACUGUAUCACGGCAUGAGCGCGACCGAGAGGGAGACAGCUCGCAUUCUUUGGAAGGGUCUGGAUAGGGUUUUGUGA